AUGGACCUGUUCGGACUUGCCCCUCCUUCCCUAAUGAAUGAUGAACAUGAGAGAACACGCCUCCGUACAGCUGCCGCAAAUGGCGCCGUAAUGACGAAACUGGAAAUGACGACUUCCGGUGAUGAUGGAAAACCGGAAAUGACGUAUCGGAACAAGCCACAACGUGCAACCAUGUUGUGA